AAAGAAUUAAUAUAAAAAAAAAGAAAAUUAUUUAAUUAUUAUGGAGGAACCACGCAGCGAUAAAAUCUAUGGCGGAUGUGAGGGUCCCGAUGCCAUGUAUGUCAAAUUAAUCUCUUCAGAUGGCCAUGAAUUUAUUGUCAAACGGGAACACGCUUUAACCUCUGGCACCAUCAAGGCUAUGCUUUCUGGACCUGGUCAGUUUGCUGAAAAUGAAGCUAAUGAAGUGCAUUUUCGAGAAAUACCCUCACACAUCUUGCAAAAAGUAUGCAUUUACUUUACCUACAAAGUGCGUUACACAAAUAGCUCUACAGAGAUUCCAGAAUUUCCGAUUGCUCCCGAAAUUGCUUUGGAAUUGUUAAUGGCUGCAAAUUUUUUAGAUUGUUAGAAGAAUAUUAUUUUGGGUGUUUUGUUUAUUUCAUUAUUCUUUUUUUUUAAU